UUGACUAAUGCAUGGAAAGCUGUUGGAACUUGCGGUUCAAUGCCUUCUACUGCAUUUGCAAAGAAACUGAAUGAAGUUGCAUCAAGUGACGCUUCCCCAUUGUCAGACUUGUAUUUUGCUGUUCUUGGGUUAAAAGCUCUUGGACAACGUCCAUCAGAUGUACCUAAAGUAGUCAAGAAUAUCCAGGGUGCUCUGAAAAAGGAUGACAAUGCCUUGAGUUUGGGAUAUGCGUUUCAUGUUGCCGCUGCCAUUGGUGCUGAGGGUCGUGCUAUCUUUGAUCGUAUUCAAGAUGCCAUUGCUCAAGCAGAUGAAGUUGAUGGACGAUUCCUUCAAUUUGAAGGUGGAUUAAGUAUAACUGCUCUUGUUGUCAGUGGGACUUUCAACUUGGCAGCAGCCCAAAAUAAGGCUCCGCCAAUUAACCAUGAGCAAACUACUAAGUUUGCCAAUUACUUCUUGAGUCGUCGGUCUGUACAGACAGCUAAAGGCAUUUACAGCCUUUUGGAUGUUCUCACUAUUCUCAGUUCCAACAAGUUUUUACUUCCUGUUGCAAUUAGCCUAGAAGGUACAAGUGCUGUAUCCUCAUCCAACCCAAAAGUGUUGCUGAAAGUUAGUGACGUUCUGGGCAAGCCAAUUAGCUCUUCAGCCGUUGCAGUCAUUGCUGAAUCUGCCAAGGGUAGUGAGGAUGUGGUAAUUCUGUCCAAGAAAAAAUUCGAAACUACUCAGGACAAAACUGUAUUUGCCCUCAAUGUUUUUGAGGAGAAGCCAGCACCUGGGCAAUACAGCCUCACUGUAAGUGCCACCCUUAACCAGGCUGACUCUCGUAUUCCGUCUAACAUUGUGACAACUGUAACUAUCAAGGCCAUGUGUGCUGUGACAAUCACAUCCUUUGAAAUUGGCACAGCUGAUGCUGAUCAGACAACUCAACCUAAAAUGCACAAGGUUACUUAUCCAUCCAAGCUUCCAUCUGUCCUGGAAGCUGACUCUCAGCAGAAAGUAGUAGUUCGCUUCCAAUUGGUUGCUGCAGGCACAACUAAGCCUCUUGUUGUUCACCAAGCAUUUUUAAGAUUGUGGAAUGAGAAGAGCAAACAAGAAAUUAUUUUCAAUGCUGAAAGGGAUGCUUCUAAGGUUUACAAGUUUGACAUGGAUGUUGGUGCCAAGGACCCAGACUUCGGCUUUUUAUCAGGGGAGUUCCAUGUUGAUCUCAUUGUUGGAGAUGCCAUCAUUGUCAACCCUCUGAUGUGGCAUGUGGCGGACUUGAAACUUUCUCCACCCUCAUCAGAAAGCAAGGACACCUCUGCAUCGAAUCAUGCUUACUUAUACAAGCCCAAGCCGGAAAUCAAGCACAUGUUCCGUGAGCCUGAGAAGAGGCCUGCUGCUGUUGUAUCAAACCUGUUUACAGCCCUGGUGUGCUUGCCUCUUUUGAUCCUCCUUUCUUUGUGGGCUAAACUUGGUAUCAACAUCUCCAAUUUCCCUGUGUCAUUGAGUGCUGUUGGCUUCCACCUUGGUCUCACAAGUAUAUUUGGACUGUUUGUUGUAUUCUGGCUAGAACUUAAUAUGUUCACAACUGUUAAGUAUCUGCUAGGCCUGGGUGCUAUCACGUUCCUCAGUGGUAAUAAGAUGUUAUCACAAAUAGCUGCAAGACCUAAAGCUUAGUCAUUAAAAUAUUUCUAAAUUGUAGCCUACAGAAUCAAGCUUUGUAUUUGUGUCACCACAUUCCGUUACUUUGAAUGCACUUGAAACCUGUUUAUUUUUAACAAUUUUUAUACUGUAGUACAGAUGUUAGAUUUCUGUACAUAAAUAUCUAAAUAUGUGUGAACAAAUUUGAAAAUGAAAUUUUUGAAAAUUAAUUCAUGAAUUGUCAGGAUUUGAUGUGACCUCUCACACCUGCCGUUGUCUGCGUAAGGAGUGUGCUCAAUUGAUAAAUAAAACCAAUUUUCCAUA